AUGUCCUACCCGCAGUUUGGAUACCCCUAUUCCUCCGCACCCCAGUUCCUGAUGACCACCAACUCGCUGAGCACAUGCUGUGAGUCAGGUGGCCGCACGCUGGCAGACUCCGGGCCCGCCGCCUCGGCCCAGGCGCCUGUCUACUGCCCGGUCUAUGAGAGCCGGCUGCUGGCCACCGCGCGCCACGAACUCAACUCGGCCGCUGCGCUUGGCGUCUACGGGGGCCCCUAUGGCGGCUCGCAGGGCUAUGGCAACUACAUGACCUAUGGCUCUGAGGCGUCAGCCUUCUACUCGCUGAAUGGCUUCGACUCCAAGGACGGGCCUGGAUCUGCGCAUGCGGGUCUCGCGCCUGCAGCGGCUGCUGCCUACUAUCCCUACGAGCCGGCGCUGGGCCAGUACCCCUACGACAGGUACGGGACCAUGGACAGCGGCACGCGGCGGAAGAACGCCACGCGCGAGACCACCAGCACGCUCAAGGCCUGGCUGCAGGAGCACCGCAAGAACCCCUACCCCACCAAGGGCGAGAAGAUCAUGCUGGCCAUCAUCACCAAGAUGACCCUCACGCAGGUCUCCACCUGGUUCGCCAACGCGCGCCGGCGCCUCAAGAAGGAGAACAAGAUGACGUGGCCGCCAAGGAACAAAUGCGCAGACGAGAAGCGACCCUUCCCGGAGGGCGAGGAGGAAGAAGGGGGGGAAGAGGAAGCCAGGGAGGAGCCCCUCAAGAGCACCAAGAAUGAAGAGUCCGCGGGCAAAGAGGGAAAGGAUCUAGAGCUCACUGACUUGGAGGACUUCGACCCACUGGAGGCGGAGCCCCCUGAGUGCGAGCUGAAACCGCCCUUCCCGCCCCUGGAUGGCGGUCUGGAGCGCAUCCCUGCCGCGCCGGAUGGUCUAAGCGCCCUGGGAAAGGAGGCCUCGGGCACCCUCCGGAUGCCCCUGGCUGCCGGUGGCAGGGCGGCCCUGGACCAGGACCUGGAGAGGGCCAGGAGCCGCCUCCGGAGCACAGCGGCCGGGCCUGAGCAGCAGCCUGUUGCGGGGGGCAGCUCGCAGGCUUGCGAGGCCAAGCUGGGCUUUGUGCCGGCUGGGGCACCGGCGGGCCUCGAGGCCAAGCCACGCAUCUGGUCCCUGGCUCACACGGCAACCGCCGCUGCCACCGCCCUGAGCCAGACUGAGUUUCCGUCAUGCAUGCUCAAGCGUCAAGGUCCCGCUGCCCCUGCAGCCACUUCCUUGGCUCCUGCCUCGUCCUCACCUGCGGCCCCGGCCCCCACUGGUGCCCUGGACAGGCACCAGGACUCCCCGGUAACCAGUCUCAGAAACUGGGUGGAUGGGGUCUUUCACGACCCCAUCCUCAGGCACAGCACUUUGAACCAGGCCUGGGCCACCGCCAAGGGUGCCCUCCUGGACCCAGGGCCGCUGGGACGCUCGCUGGGGGCAGGCGCCAACGUGCUGACUACGCCCCUGGCGCGCGCUUUCCCCGCCGCUGCACCCCAUGACGCCCCAGCCUCGGGAGCAGCCAAGGAGCUGCUGGCCAUCCCCAAGACCGGCGGCAAGCCCUUCUGCGCCUAA